AUGUAUCUAGGGAUCCAAAUCGACACUGUGAUGGAAUCCGAUUUUUCACUGCUGUCCUCCUCAAAGGGAGAGUUCAAGGCGGAAGAUUACAUACAGCCGCAUUACAAGGAAGCGUAUCGGUUAGCCAUCGACUGCCUGGUCAAAGAGGGAGAAGCUUCUUAUCGAAAUUUCAUCAAAGAGGAAGGGAUAUGCGGUUUCCUCUCUGAGGAGGAAAUCAACCAUAUUACAGAGAGCGCUGUGCAGCCCCCCACCAGCAACCACUCAGAGGAUGUGGACUGUUCGCAGGACAAUACGUCCUCCACCGAGGCAAAACAGCCCCACUAUCAAGGAAGUGAUCCGCAAACAAAUACAGGAUGCCAGGUCAUAGCAAUCGCAAUGGAUGUUUUCGCCGAUGUGGACAUCUUUAAAGAAGUGGUGGAUGCCUCAGUCAGAGGUGUUCCAGUCUACAUUCUCCUCGACCACAAUCACUUCAAAUGCUUUCUCAAUAUGACAGAAAAACAAGACAUCCAAAUCCAAAAACUCAGGAAUAUGAGGAUACGCACAGUGAAAGGCCAGGAAUAUUGUUGCAAAUCUGGGGUAAAGUUCCAUGGAGGAAUGGGGCAGAAAUUUCUUCUUGUUGACUGCCAAAAAGUAUUUUUUGGAUCAUACAGCUUCAUGUGGUCUUACGAGAAGAUCAACCUCAGCAUGGUUCAGGUUAUAACAGGCCAAUUAGUGGAGACUUACGAUGAGGAAUUUCGGACGUUGUACGCUCGAUCGACAGUCCCAGCUCAGUUUCAGACUGCCAGUGUGAACCAGUGUGAGACAAAGCCCAAUGGAAAAAUGGAUGGAUAUCUGAUUCAUUCCAGCCACCCCUUUGAAAGGAAAGAUCAUUUAAGGCACACGCUGGACGCUGUUUACCGGCAAACCUGUGAAAGGAGAUCAGGAUUCUCGGCACUGAGAGAGGUUGAAGAAAGACCACUUGUUACACCGCAUGCUCGAUUCCUUCAAGAUACAUCAGAGUUUUAUAAAAGACACAGCUACGCAGGAGAACGGCAGGAGCCUGUGUAUCUGCCAAAAUUGCCCAAGUAUGGCUCUAGUAAUUGGAAUGUGGCAGCAGAGAGCAACAAUUAUGGCGGUUUCUCCAACAACGAGGACAACCAGUAUGAAAGUUACGUCAUCAACCCGAUGUUCAGAGGCUUAAAUAUGCGCCAGUCUUACCACGGCCACGACAAACAAAUUCUCAACAUGAGGCAAAACCUGCCCAGUUUAGCAAGUACUUCCAAGUCCUUCCUUCGGACAUGGAGGAUAGAGUCUUACCUUAACAACAGCAACGAUGCACCUUAUGGCGAGAACUACGAUUAUCUGGACCAAUUUGAGGAGAAUAAAAUAGCUCCUCUGCAACACUCUCGUAUCAGGUCAUCGGUUGUUUUCACGUCCACCAUACCGGAACAACCAGAGACGAACAGCUACUCCAAUAAUUCAGCGUCCUCCAACCACGAUCCGGCACGAAUUCAGUCAAACACUCAGAUGUAUUCCUCAACCCACUGGAAUCAGACUGCACAGCACGAUGACUACUUGCUGAAGAGGCGCAGUUUACAGAUUUUAGAAAACUCAGGAAGUAACAUGACCUAUAGCUCCGGAAGGGAUGCAAUAUAUGCAAGUUUAAACAGAGCCAAAAAUCGAUUUGCAAACAAGGAGCAUGACUACCAGCAAGAUGACAGAUACAAAAGACACAGCUUGGCCGAUCCCAGGUGCAAUACAUAUAACAGUGACUUUAUUGAGCCCUCUAGUUACAUGUACGCAUCUUUACCUAGAAGACAGAAAGUCUGCAACGUGUCCGCAAACGAGAAUCCCAGAAAUGCAGCGUACACACCAAAUUUCAAAGAGGACCAGAGGUCCGUCUCACAUCAUGAUUUCAAAAAGGCAGAUGAGAGCAAAACUACCUCAGGAAAUAAAUGGCAAGAGCCUCCCUCGAGAACUGUGUCAGCAACGCUUCUGGACACGGAGGACAGUCAGCCUCCGAAACCAAACAGCGCAUCAUCGCAGCGCUUCUUGAAAAAGAGCACCAAGAAAAUAAAAUCCCUUCUAAACAUCCCACAAAAGAGAGACAGCUCCCCGAAAGGAAAUAACUCAGAAAGUCUCAAAAUGGGAAGCAGCACAGAUACGAUUCUCUCAGAUUAUGAUGACACUGUGCAAGGCAAGAAACACCAGGGUAGCACUGCCAAUUCCACCAAGUCCGUUGAGAGCAGCAGACUGAAGCGAGUUAAUGGGAAGAUCCCUGGAGCUGAGAAUCACUCUCCUGGCCUGGCGGGAGAGGCAUCUGCACCUCGGUUUAUCACCGAAGAGCUUCAUCCGUCUCACACACCUGCAAGUGCAGAGACUUCCAAAACACAGGAACAAUCCACGGUCGUUUCUCAGAACGAGAAGACAGACUCGACACUAACCAGAUCAGAUCUGGUGUCAAAGCAACAAGUAUCAGUAAACAGGCUGUAUAGCAGAUUUGAGCCACUUUGCUCAUUUGAAAGCAGGCGUCCCACAGCAGGCCAGCCUGCCUAUGUACCUGCACAGAGUCACGUAAGCGAGAAAACAAGGAAUUCUGUCUUUUUAAGAAGACAGCCCAUGAAUGAUCAUAGCAGUUACACAAACCAGCAGACGCAGGGACAUGACAAUAGAAUUGGCCGUUUCAUUCAAAGAGUUGGAAAUUUAAUUCAUAAGAAUAAGUACUGAAAUAACUAGUGAAAUGAUGUUGAAACUGAAGCGUGUCAUUUCUGCACCACUAUAUUGACCAAAUGGAAUUACAAAAAUUGCACAAAUAAGUAUUUUCAAACAGGUUUCUAAAUAAGCACUAUUCUCCACUUUUCAAUGGUCAGACUAACAGAUAGUCCUGCCCCUAACUAUUGCCAAGGUUGUUAUGUCAGACUGGCUGGGAUGCUCGUGCUCAAUGGCUUGUUGAAACUGUCAUGGCAUAUUAAACUGGGAUAGGAGAAAAAAAAUUCAGAUCCUAAAAAAUUACACAUUUUGGCUUUGAAAAUGUGCAACAGUGAUAUUGACUUGAAUGCAUUAUUGCUAAUGCCAGUGUUGAAGGUUUGCAAUAUAACUGGUGGAAAAUUCUGCAAGCACUGCUACACUGUUACUUUGUAGUAGCUUUUGUUUUAUUAUUAUUAAUAUUAUUUGUACAGUUAAAAGGAAUGUUUUGUGUUGGGAUAAUGGGCAGACUGGGUUAAUUAUUUCUGUUACUUGAGUCAUUGCCACUUGAAACAUUACCUAAGGAAAAAAACACACCAACUUUUGUCUGCUUACAAGCUGUAGUAAACCAUCCGUACAACUUUAAAUUGCACUUCAGCCUGGACAAAUGCUUCCCAGAGAUAUCCCAGAUUGUUUAAAGUCUACAUUGAAAUGCUGGAACACAUACAAGAUAUAUAAUGUCGGUUUGUGGGUAAUUGGUGCUUAGCUAUUGUUAAGAUUGUUUGUGUCAUGAUUGAUCCAAAACAGUUCUCUAUUAAAUAUGUGCAUUAAUGAGUCUCAUUUCACAAAGUGCACAUGUACAGUACAAUGUAUACUGAACAAACAAUAUCAAAACGCUAUUCUCUUACUACAGUUGGACUUUUUUUUUUUUGCACACAAAUACAGUCACUAUUGCUUGUGUCCCAACAGGCUACUUACCAAAUAAAUUAAUGGUCAUGACACUGAUGUUGAAACUGAAUUGUGAUGUGAGGAACAGGAAGAUAAUCAUGCAAUUUACUCACUUGUUUGAGUUUACUAACAGCAAGUUUGAUAACAGCUUAUAUUGUGUAUAUAACACAUAUAACAGCUUUAAUUAAUGUAGUAAGUAUUCCUGGACUUCAUACUGACAGCUACUAGUGAGGAUGCAGCAUCAUGCAAAAGCAAAAGCAAGUCCUUCAAGGGUGUGUUAACGAGAAUCGGCUGGUCAUGGCUUUCCUAAGGUGAUUCAUCCCAAAAGCCAAGCAGCUUUUAUUAGGCUACUGAAAUGACUGGACUCCUCAUCUCUUGUGCACAUCAGUUUGAGCAUAUCUGUUAAAUUUACUGUUAAUUUAUUUGGAGGUAAAACAUUUUUAAUGACAAAAGUGGACCUAUUCUGUUGCCCAUGGAUUACAGUUUUCUUUUGUCAUUAUAUAAAGGUAUAAUUGGGAAGAAAAAACAAGCUAAUUCAGUUAUAUUCUUAUCUAUCUUUAAGCACACAGUUAUGUUGCUGGAACUGCUUUAGCAGGUUCUAGCAUUAGUGCCUUAUUCAACAAACUCUCAUGACAUGAGUUUUUAUUUUAAAAUGAGUUUGCAUUU